UUGCGUUUCAGUCUAAGUCUGUUCUUCAGUUGCAAGUGAACUUUUUGGAGUCGACAUCGAGUUCAGGUGCUACCCACAGCCAUGGCAUCUAUAUUUCUGGUCAGAUUGGCAACAAUCUGUACGAAGAUGUCCAACUACAUAAAAACAAAUUCACCCUUUGUGAUUGAGGCGCUGAUGGUAUUGAUCUGCUUUGGUGCCAUAAUAAGCAGAUAUAUAAUACUUACCUAGAUAGACAACAUAUACAUAUGGAUACAUAUAUAUAAAUAUA